AUGAAGACUCUCCUGCUCGUCUUCUUCUGUGCCCUCAUCUCGGUUUCCCUCGCCAGACCGGCUCUCCACGAGGACGAGUACGUCGAACUCUACAAAGUGACCGAUCCGCCGACCGUAUUCCUCCGCACCAACCACGUCGUCGCCAACGUCGUCCAUCAUUCCGGUCCCCUGGCUCAUCGUUCGCACUCCGGACCGGCUCAGCUCCGUGCUUCGCUCAAUGGCAAAGGAGUCGCCAUUGCCACCCGGACAAAAUAA